UCUAUUCUUGUCCUUCUGCUCACAACAUCGACUUUAUUUUUGCGUUGAAAGUGAAACACGGCGUUCUGUUUGUCCAUGAGAGAAUUUAUAUAAAGCAAAAUGGCAUUGUUCCGCACAUUGCCGACAAAAAUCGGCGUGACUUCGAAGAUCCUCUCGCGGAGCGCUCCAGCUGUUUCUUAUCACGCAAAUGUAAUAGAUCACUAUGAGAAUCCUAGAAAUGUUGGUUCAUUGGACAAGAAUGAUGAACAAGUUGGCACAGGCCUUGUAGGAGCGCCAGCAUGUGGAGAUGUGAUGAAACUCCAGAUCAAAGUCGAUAAAAAUGGCAAAAUAAUUGAUGCUAAAUUUAAGACUUUUGGUUGUGGUUCUGCUAUUGCUUCAAGUUCUCUAGCUACGGAAUGGGUUAAGGGAAAGACAGUGGAUGAGGCGCUGGCACUGAAAAAUACUGUUAUUGCUGAAGAACUUCGUCUCCCACCAGUCAAGAUGCACUGUUCAAUGCUUGCCGAGGAUGCAAUUAAAGCUGCUCUGUCAGAUUACCGUAUUAAACAACAAUCGAAGGAUAAGGCCACCAACAGCGCGACUUAAAAUCGACGGUUCGAAUUACCGAACCAUAUGAUAGUAACAAAAAAAGUAACAAAUAGACAUGCUAUUUAGCUCAAAGAUACUAUCUAUUCUUAAGGAAUUAUUGUAUGAUUACUAUCAUUGGAAUUAGAUCUAGCUGUGGGAAUAACACAUUUCUUAGGCUACAUAUAUACAUUAGCUUAUUCUACGAAAAGAUGACAAAUUUACUAACAUGGUAUUAUUCGUAUCGCGCAUAAAUCUGUAUCGCGUUAUCUUGUUCAAUGAAAUAUAAUUUAUUUAAGUAAG